AUGGCUACGGCCUCGUCAACCCCCUUCGUCAACAUCCCCAAGUUGCGCGACACCAGCGACCACUCGGGCACCGCCAUCCACGAGAAGAAGGCCACCAUGGCCUUGCUGACUCCCCCGACCUCCACCUCCCCGGAAUUGGCCGCUCACCCGGGCAAUGAAGGUGCCACGUCGCCACCAGAGAUGGACAUAGAACAAGAGAUGGACAUCCAGCCCAGUGGCAUGCCUCUGAGUCGAGGAGCCCUUUCCGACCUCGAUGGUGCCCAGACCAUAACACCGCCCAUGCUGGCCAAGCAUCACCUGCCCGGCAUACUCUUGGGCAAUGGACCUUGCCCAAUACGCCAUGUCAUGGGCGAGCUCACCCAUACGGUGCCUGGAUUCUCUCGUAUACCAGUCGCCAAGGCUCGCCGCAUCGUCGUGGCUGCAUUGGAAAACCCACAAGGAGGUGGACCCGACGGAAACAUCGAGUUUAACAAGACCGGCUGGGGCAAGUGGGACGCGCAUUACAAGGGCUCGUCGCGAGACUCUGCUAUUGGAUCUUUUAACGACAACCGGCUGUCCCCGCCCCGGAGCGAGCGCAGUUACGCCGUCUCCUACUCCGACUCGGCCAUCAACAUACCCGGCCAGCACUUCCCUGCCAAGUACCGCGACCAACACUCGGGCGGCAGCUGGGGCGCGUCCAGCCUUCGGGAGGAGGAUGAAUUCGACAUGGACAUGAUUGUGGAAGACGAAGCCGACAACAUGUCCAUGGACGGGCUUUCCGAUUCCGACUCGGAGAUGAACGACGACGACGAUGACGCGACCGACCCUGGAGACUGGGCCGCUGUCGGUAUCGAUGCAUUGCGGAAGGCUUCACUGCCCACUCCCAAUGCACCACGACAGAACUAUCGUGCCACCAGUCAGCCUUACCACGGCCAGUGGGCGUCCAAGCUGAGACGUCCAUCGGCAAACCCUCAACAACCACUCCACUCAGCUUCUGUCCCUAUUGGUGGCGCUUUCCCCGGCUUGCAGACACCAGAGGAGAGUGCUGCUGUUGCAGCAUUGAUGAGCAUGGGCAGCAUGUAA